GGAAGUAUAAAAAUGGAAGGAAAUCGAUCGAAUGGUAUCAGUUGACUUCUACUUUUCAUUCACUUAACAUUCCUUUAACUCCUCACAGAAACUAUAAUGUCUCUCAAAAUCGCUGUUCUGGCUCUUGCCUUCAUUGGAAUGGUUGCCGCUCAGGGUUACCAUCAGCAACAGCACCAUUACGAGGAGGAACACCAUGGACCAGUCCACUACGAAUUCCACUAUGAUGUCCAUGAUGAUCACACAGGAGAUGUUCAUGGACGCAAGGAGGAACGCAAGGACGAUCACACCCAGGGCGAAUACUACCUGAUCGAUGCCGAUGGUUACAAGCGCACUGUCACCUACCAGGUCGAUGGCAAGAGCGGAUUCGUUGCUCAGGUUCACCGGGAGCCAAUCAAGGGAUACCAACAGCCACAACAGAUCCACAAGGUCGUGGCUGCUCCAGCACACCAUGGAUAUUAUCAUUAAAGGGAUAGUUCAAUCACGACUGAGCUGCAUUCAUUACUUCAUCAAUUUCUAUUCAUCCAUCAUCUAGCACAAUGUAGAUCAAUUUGAAUAAAUGUUAAAAUAAUUUUGAA